GUUUUAUGGGCACAAAGAUCCAGCAAUUCCGACCCAUUGCGUAACGUGGUCUAUCUCACGAUAAAUUUGAAGGACCCAGAGACAUCCUCUUUGGCUCUUAACAUCACCUCCUCGUCGUUGGACUUGAAAGCAAAGAGCACGACCACUGAGGAAGAAGAGUAUGCACUCCAUAUCGACUUCUUCAAGGAGAUCGACGAAUCUUCGAUUCGCCAGACCACCACUGGUUCCCAUAUUUUCCUUGUUCUUGUCAAGAAGGACUUGGACGAGGAGUACUGGCCUCGGUUGACCAAGGACAAGGUCAAGUAUAGAAACAUACGUACCGACUUUGACAAGUGGGUUGACGAGGAUGAACAGGACGAAAAGCCAGAUGAGGCGCUAGACGCUAUGGGUGGUAUGGGUGGCAUGGGUGGCAUGGGUGGUAUGGACGACCUUCAAGGCUUAGCUCAGAACAACAUGGACUUCUCCGAACUCGCCAAGCAGUUUGGCGGUGCCGGUGACGCAGGUCUAGACAAGAGUGGACCUAGCCAAUUUGGCGAUUUCUCGGGUGUCAAUGAGAACGAUUUCAGCUCCAGUGGUGAUGAAGAUGAGGAUGCUGAC